CGGUGCUACCCUUCGGACCUCGAGGUUUCCUCCGGCAGAGCGCCCUGCAGUCGGUGGAAAGCGGCGGGGGAGCGCGAUGGCCGAGACGUGUACAGGAUCCCGCGCCAGCGAGAUCUUCACCACGCUGGAGUACGGACCCGUGCCGGAGAGCCACGCAUGCGCACUGGCCUGGCUGGACACCCAGGACCGGCUCUUGGGUCACUAUGUUAACGGAAAAUGGUUAAAGCCAGAACACCGGAGUUCAGUGCCUUGCCAGGAUCCCAUCACAGGAGAGAAGCUGGCCAGUUGCCUGCAGGCACAGACUGAGGAUGUGGCAGAAGCCGUGGAAGCGGCCAGGGCCUCUCUGGAGAACUGGAGCACACUCCCUGGAGCCUUUCGGGCCCAAUACCUGACCAGGCUGGCCAAGAUGAUUCAGAAACACCAGCGGCUGUUCUGGACCCUGGAGUCCCUGGUUACUGGACGGGCCGUUCGAGAAAUUCGAGACAGGGAUGUCCCCCUGGCCCAGCAGUUGCUCCAGUACCAUGCAAUCCAGGCGCACACCCAGGAGGAGGCACUGGCAGGCUGGGAGCCCACGGGAGUAAUUGGUCUCGUGUUGCCUCCCACAUUCUCCUUCCUUGAGAUGAUGUGGAGGAUUUGCCCUGCCCUGGCCGUGGGCUGCACUGUGGUGGUCCUUGUGCCCCCAGCCUCCCCGACGCCCCUCCUCCUGGCCCAGCUGGCAGGGGAGCUAGGCCAGUUCCCAGGAAUCCUCAAUGUGAUCAGUGGGCCUGCCGUCCUGGGGCUUGUCCUGUCCUCCCAGCCUGGAGUCCAGAAGGUGGCCUUCUGCGGAGCAGUCGAGGAAGGCCGUGCCCUUCGGCGGUUCCUGGCUGGCCAGGGUCCCGAGCUGGGCCUGGCGCUGGGGGCGGAAUCGCUGCUGCUGAUGACGGAAGCGGCGGAUGUGGACUCGGCGGUGGAGGGCGUGGUGGACGCGGCCUGGUCCGACCGCAGCCUGGGGGGCCUCAGGCUCCUCAUCCAGGAGUCUGUGUGGGAUGAGACCAUGAGGCGGCUCCAGGCGCGGAUGGGGCGGCUUCGUGGAGGGCGAGGGCUGGAUGGGGCUGUGGACAUGGGCGCCCGGGGGACUGCUGCACGUGACCAGGCCCAGCGCUAUGUGAGCGAGGCCCAGAGACAGGGUGCGCAGGUGUUCCAGGCUGGCAGUGUGCCCUCAGACAGCCCAUUCUUUCCCCCAACCUUGAUCUCUGACCUGCCUCCAGCCUCCCCGUGUACCCAGGCGGAGGUGCCAUGGCCUCUGGUCGUGGCCUCCCCAUUCCGCACGGCCAAGGAGGCACUGGCCUUGGCCAAUGGGACGCCCGGAGGAGGCAGUGCCAGCGUUUGGAGCGAGAGACUGGGGCAGGCCCUGGAGCUGGCCUACGGGCUCAGGAUGGGCACAGUCUGGAUCAAUGCCCACGGUCUCAGAGACCCGGCGGUGCCCACAGGUGGCUGCAAGGAGAGUGGGUCUUCCUGGCACGGGGGCCUGGAUGGUCUCUAUGAGUAUCUGCGGCCCUCAGGGACCCCUGCCCGGCUGCCCUACCUGUCCGAGAAUCUGAACUAUGACACCUUUGGCCUCGCUGUUCCCUCAACCCUGCCAGCUGGGCCUGAAACAGGGCCUAGGCCUGAUGAGAAUCACUUUUGCGAAAUGAAGUUCCGUGUCUCUGAGACUCGCGGGGCCGGGAAUGUGGGGUCCCGCAAAGGCUCCUGGGAGCUGGAGCGGCGCAUCCCCUGGCCUGGGGCCCGGGGUCUGAGCCGCCCCUGCCCCAGGAGCCACCCUCACACCUCGCCCUACUCCAGCCCAGCACCCCCCUAUGGGCUCUUUGUGGGGGGCCGUUUCCAGGCUCCUGGCGCCCGGAGCUCCAGGCCCAUCUGGGAUUCCCACGGGAAGCUCCACGGCUACGUGGCUGAGGGCGGAGCCAAGGAUAUCCGUGGGGCCGUGGAGGCCGCUCACCAGGCCGCCCCUGGCUGGGUAGGACAGUCACCAGGGGCCCGGGCGGCCCUGCUGUGGGCCCUGGCAGCCGCCCUGCAGCGCCGAGAGUCCACCCUGGCCUCGAGGCUGGAGAGACACGGAGUGGAGCUCCAGGUGGCCAAGGCAGAGGUGGAGCUGAGCGUGAGGCGGCUUCGGGCAUGGGGGGCCCGCGUCCAGGCCCAAGGCUGCACCCUACAGGUAGCAGAGCUGAGAGGCCCCGUGCUUCGGCUGCGGGAGCCGCUGGGUGUGCUGGCUAUUGUGUGCCCAGACGAGUGGCCCCUGCUUGCCUUCGUGUCUCUGCUGGCUCCCGCCCUGGCCCACGGCAACACCGUGGUCUUGGUGCCCAGUGGGGCCUGUCCCAUCCCUGCCUUGGAGGUCUGCCAGGAUAUGGCUGCCCUGUUGCCAGCGGGCCUGGUGAAUGUGGUGACAGGAGACCCGGACCACCUGACCCGCUGCCUGGCCUUGCACCAGGACAUCCAGGCCCUGUGGUAUUUCGGAUCCGCCCAGGUAUCCACUUCUGGCCCAAUCAGCUCUGGGUUCGCACAAAUCAGUCGAGUGCCUGGGAAGACAGGCACGAACAAGCCGGCGCUUAGCCUCCUGGACCUCAUGUCAUGGUGGCUUGAUGCAGGAUCUGUUCCCAGACCAGAAAUUGAAGCUGGGGCACAGCAAUGGAAGCACCAAAUCCUAACCACUAGACCACCAGGGAGCUCCCUACAAUGUAAUUUUUUUUUCUUUUUUUUUUUUUUUUACUUGCCCACCACAUGCAGAAGUUCUUGGGCCAGGGAUGGAACCCAGGCCACAGCAGUGACAACACCAGAUCCUUAAUCUCUAGGCCACCAGGGAACUCCCCAAUGUGAUUUUUUUUUUUAAGUGUGCAACGUGAUAAUUUAAUAUACAUAUGCAUUGUGACAUGAUUACCACAAUCAAGGUCAUUAACAUACCUGUCACCUCACAUCACUUUUUUUUAUCUGUAGUGAGAAGAGUUAAGACUUUUUUUUUUUUUCCUCUUUUUGCCAUUUCUUGGGCUGCUCCCACAUACACCACAUCUUCUUUCUCCAUUAAUCAAUACACUUAGGUCGUUUCCAUAUCUUGGCUGUUGUGUUUUUUGGUUUUGCUUUUGUUUUUCGGGUUUUUUUGUUUUUGUUUUUUCCCUCAUGUUCAUUACCGCUGAGCCACAGUGGGAACUCCUUGGCUAUUGUGAAUAACACUGCAGUGGACACAGGAGUGUGGUAUGUCUUUGAGACCUUGAUUUAAUUUAUUUUUGUUAUUUACCCAGAAGUACAAUUGCUGAAUUACAAAGUAGCUCUACUUGUUUUGUUUUCCUUCCUUCCUUCUUUCCUUCCUUUCGUCCUUCUUUUUCUUUCUUUCUUUCUUUCUUUCUUGGCCAAGUCCACUGAAAGCAGAAAUUCCCAGGACAGGGCUCGCAUCUGUGCCGCACCAGUGACAACCCUGGACCUGCUGAGCCACCAGGGAUCUACUUGUUUGUUUGUUUGGUUGGUUUUUUAGGGCGCACCUGUGGCAUAUGGAGGUUCCCAGGCUAGGGGUCCAAUCGGAGCUGUAGCCACUGACCUGCACCACAGCCACAGCCACGCGAGAUCCGAGCCGCGUCUGCGACCCACACCACGGUUCACGGCAAUGCCAGAUCCUUAACCCAAGGAAUGAGGCCAGAGAUCGAACCCCGAAACCUCAUGGUUCCUAAUAGGAUUCGUUUCCGCUGCGCCACGAUGGGAACUCCUCUACUUGUUAUUUUUUGAGGAAUCUUCAGAACUUUUUCCACAGUGGCUUAGCAAUUUACAUUCCCACCGACAAUACCUAAGGGUUCCCUUUUCUCCACACCCAACACUCUUUUUGAGCAUCGCCUUCCUAACAGGUGGGAGGUGAUAGAGCUCACUGUAGUUCUGAUUUGCUCUUUGCUAUGGUCAGUGAUGCAGCGAGUCUCGAAGAACAAAGAGGAUCUAAUUAGAUUCAAAAAGUGAGGGGAGGGGAAGGAGUUCCUGUUGUGGCUCGGUGGUAACAAACCCAACUAGUAUCCAAGGGGUCGCAGGUUCCAUCCCUGGCCUCGCUCAGUGGGUUAAGGAUCCAGCGUUGCCAUGAGCUGUGGUGUAGGUCACAGAUGCGGCUCGGAUCCCAUGUGGCUGUGGCGUGGUGUAGGCUGGAAGCUGCAGCUCCAAUUCAACACCUAGCCUGGGAACUUCCAUAUGCCACAGAUGCUGCCGUAAAAAUACAAAUAAAUAAAUAAAUAAAGUGAGAGGAGAGCAUCCCAGGCAGAAGAAACAGCCUGUGCAAAGGGCCUGAGGUGAGAAACUGCCUUGAGGCAACUAGUGGUUUUAGGGGUGACCCCAAAAGCUAUGUCCACGUCCUCUCCCCCUGGAAUCUGUGAAUGUCACCUUUUUUGGAAAUAGUCUUUGCUUGGAGUUCCCGUCAUGGCACAGCGGAAACAAAUCCGACUAGGAACCAUGAGGUUUCGGGUUCGAUCCCUGGCCUUGCUCAGUGGGUUAAGGAUCUGGUGUUGUCAUGCGCUGUGGUGUAGAUUGCAGACGCAGCUUGGAUCUAGCAUUGCUGUGCCUGUGGUGUAGGCCGGCAGCUGUAGUUCCAAUUCGACCCCUAGCCUGGGAACCUCUAUAUGCUGUGGGUGCGGCCCUAAAAAGACAAAAAAAAAAGGAAAUAGACUUUGCUGAUGUAAUUAAGGAUCUGGAGAUGAGCUCUCCUGGGUUAUCCAAGUGCCCCCUGCAUCUAAACACACGUGUCCUUAUAAAAGACAAGCGAGGGGAAAAGCCAUGUGAAGAUGGAGACAGAGAUUGACCUCAAUUUCUAGCCUCCCUCCCCUUCCCGGCUCAGUGGAGGUGAGCUAGCGAGUGAAGCGACAUCCUGUGCCUCAAAGCCCCAACCCUCUAAUCACAUGACUGGUCCUUCGGGUCCUAACCAGCCGCGCCCUCCCCCCACCUCCCGCCGUGCAUAACAAAGGCCCUCCUACGACUGACCUGGAAGUGGCAAGGACUUCCAGGAAACAGCCAAAGCCUCCCCAGCGUGCAAGGAAGGAAGUUAGCAUCCACUUCAUUUCACAAAUUAACAAAUUCAUUUCACAAAUUUUUUUUUUCUUUUUAGGGCCAUGCCUGCAGCAUAUGGAAGUUCCCAGGCUAGAGGUUGAGUCGGAUCUGCUGCUGCCAGCCUACACCACAGCCACAGCAACGCCAGAUCCUUAACCCGCUGCGCCAGGCCUGCAUCCUCACAGACGCUGUGUCAGGGUCUUAGCCCACUGAGCCACAACGCCAACUCCCGUUCAUUUAACAAGUAUUGAUUGGAGUUCCCUGGUGGCUCAGCAUGCGUUGUCACUGCUGUGGCAUGGGUUCCGUACCUGGCCUGGGUAUGGCCAAAAGGAAAAACAAAACAACCCCCCCCCCGAAAAACCCACCAGGAGUUCCCGUCGUGGCUCACUAGUUAACAAACUCAAUUAGGAUCCAUGAGGAUGAGGGUUCGAUCCCUGGCCUUGCUCAGUGGGUUAAGGAUCCGGCGUUGCCGUGAGCUGUGGUGUAGGUGGCAGAUGCAGCUCAGAUCCCGAAUUGCUGUGGCUGUGGCGCAGGUGGGCAGCCCUAGCUCCAGUUGGACCCCGAGCUUGUAAAUUUCCAUGAGCCACGGGUGGGGCCCUAAAAGAAAAAAAAA